AUGGAAGAUGACUACGUGCUCAUCUCGGCGCCGAACCUUCCAACUACCCCCACUGUUUCCUCGUCCUCCGCACCGUCUCAUCUCUCCACCAUAUCUACCUACAUCGACCACCUGAGUCCAGAACUCAGGCACCUCAGUCUACUCAUCCACGAUAAUCCCGAAUUGAACUAUAAAGAGUACAAGGCUUAUGCCUCGUUAGUAAAGUUCUUCAAAGCAUUGGAAGGAUGGGAAGUAGAGGAAAAGGCUUGUGGAAUUGACACGGCAUUUAUUGCUGUUUUCGAUAACAGAAAAGCUAAGUGCAAAGAUGGUUCCCAAGGAGAAGUCGUGAGUUUCAAUGCCGAGUAUGAUGCUCUACCAGGAAUUGGACAUGCCUGUGGGCAUAAUCUGAUUGCCAUCGCAUCCAUAUCUGCUGCUCUGGCCACAAGACAUGUUAUGCAGAAACACAACAUUGCAGGAAAAGUGGUGCUGUUCGGCACACCCGCUGAAGAAGGCGGCGGCGGCAAAAUCAAACUUCUAAAUGCAGGAGCAUACGCCAAACACAACGUCAGCGUCUCCCUGAUCUCUCACCCAGGAAUAACUCCCGACGCCUCGUUAGUGCGUACAUCAGCCUUCUCAGCUUUCGGGGUUGAAUACUUUGGCAAAGAAGCCCAUGCAGCAGCUGCACCUUGGGAAGGUAUCAACGCGUUAGACGCUUUGAUAACAGCAUACACAGCCCUCUCUUGCCUGCGCCAACAAACCCAACCGGGAGAUAUUAUACAGGGAUGUAUUACCCAGGGAGGAGUCAAACCUAACAUCAUACAUGCAUAUGCUGCUGGGGAUUUUGUGGUUAGGUCGAGUACCAAGGAGAGACUUGAUGCGCUGAAGAAAAGAGUCGAUGCUUGUUUCGAAGGUGCUGCGAGAGCCACAGGUGCAGAGUUGAAGAUCACGCCGCAAUCGACGUAUCUGGAUCACGUACCCAACAAGGCUCUGGGAAGGAGUUAUGCAAAGCAUUUCAUUGAACUAGGAGGAGAGCUGGCAGCGCCGGAGGUAGAAUUGCUGACUAGUGGUACGCAAGCGAGUACUGAUCAGGGAGAUAUCAGUCAUGCUUUUCCUUCUCUGAGUCCUGGCUUUUGGAUCAAGAGUGUUGCUGAGGAUGGGAAGCAAGGUGGUGGACCGCACACGCCUGACUUUACUAGAGCUAGUAGGACGGAAGAGGCGCAUGAUAAAGCAUUGAUGGUUGGAAAGGCUUUGGCUGCUACGGCUGUUGAUGUGUUGACAGUAGAUGGAUACUUGAAGGAGAUCAGGAGAGAGUUUGAUCGUGGUCUGGAGACCUGA